CAAGCUCUUCAAAAGAAAAUGUGAAAAGAUCAAAAUAACCACCAGCUCCCAAAGUUCCCAAACAUGGCGGUAACGGACUUUUUCGCCGGCGAAAUCGCCACCGAACUCCUAAAACACCUCAUAGCCAUAGUCCGAAAAUCCACCUUCUGCCGUUCAACCGCCGAGCAGCUCAUCGUCGACAUUAACGGUCUCCUUCCAAUCAUCCAAGAAAUUAAACAAACUGGCGUUGAACUUUCACAGACACGUCAGCGUCAGCUCGAUGACUUCUCAAAGAUUCUCCAAGAUGGGUAUGAACUCGCCGGAAAAGUUCUCAACUCUGGCCGUUGGAACGUCUACAGGAACUUGCAGCUGGCAAGGAAGAUGGAGAGGCUGGAGAAAAGAGUAGGGAGGUUCAUGCAAGUUACAAUGCAAGCUCAUGUACUAGCUGAUGUUCAUCAUGUUAGGUUAAAUAUGGAACAUAGAUUUGAUGUUCUUGAACAUAGGCUUAAAGCUAUAAAGAUUGGAGUUGACGACGGUGGUGGAGGUGGAGGGUGUUUAGGGAAAGCUGUGAAAAGAAUGGAAGAAGAUGAGAAAUGGUUUGAGGAUAGUUUUGUAAAUUUAGGUGCUGGAAUUGAGUUGGGGAAGAGGAAAGUGAAGGAGAUGUUAAUGGGUAAAGAAGAUAGGGGUGUGUUUGAAAUUUGUGGAAUUGGAGGCAGCGGCAAGACCACCUUGGCUAAAGAGAUUUGUAAAGAUGAUCAAGUUAAAAGUUAUUUCAAGGACAAGAUUUUCUUUUUCACUGUUUCUCAAUCUCCAAAUGUGGAGCAAUUGAGGAAAACGAUUUGGGAAAAGAUAUCAGGGUGCAAUCUUCACGGUUAUGGACGUGAGGAGAUUUUGCCCCAGUGGAACCUACAGUACCAAUGGAACUCGAACUCUACAGUCCCUGUACUCUUGAUUCUUGAUGAUGUUUGGUCCCUCUCUGUGCUAGAGCCGCUAAUUCUCAAAAUUCCCGGCUGCAAGAUCCUAGUUGUGUCGCGCAUUAAGUUCCCUCCAUCGGUUAUUGACUGUGUUUAUGAUUUAGAGCUAUUAAGGGAAGAUGAAGCUAUAUCCUUAUUUUGCCAUUUUGCUUUUGGACAUAAUUCCAUUCCGCGUGGUUUCAAUUAUACGCUUGUCAAAAAGGUUGUGGAGGAAUGUGAAGGGCUUCCGUUGGCGCUUAAGGUCAUUGGAUCUUCAUUAAAGGGAAAGCCUGAGAUGUUCUGGACAAGUGCGAAAAACAGAUUAUCACAGAGCCAACCUGUCUGCGAGUCUCAUGAACUGCAGUUGCUUGAGCGAAUGAAAUUGAGUAUUGACUGUUUGCCUGAUAAGGUGAGAGAGUGUUUCCUCGACUUGGGUGCUUUCCCAGAAGACAAAAGGAUUCCUCUUGAUGUUCUAAUUAACAUGUGGGUGGAGCUUCAUGAUAUUGAUGAGGAAGAGGCUUUUCACAUUCUUGUUGAACUUUCAGACAAAAAUCUUCUAAAUCUAGUGAAAGAUGCACGAGCUGGAGAUAUGUAUACCAGUUACUAUGAGAUAUCGGUGUCUCAACAUGAUGUUUUACGAGACCUAGCUAUUCAUGUGAGCAACCGUGGGGAUGUAAAUCAGAGAAGGCAAUUGGUCAUGCCGAGAAGAGAUACAAGGUUGCCAAAAGAAUGGGAAAGAAAUAUGGAUGAACCUUUCAAUGCACGAGUUAUCUCUUUGCAUACAGAUGAAAUGAGAGAAAUGGACUGGUUCAGAAUGGAUUGCCCGAAAGCUGAAGUACUGAUUCUCAAUUUUUCGUCAUCUGAGUACUUUUUGCCUCCUUUCCUGGAAAACAUGCCUAAGCUAAGGGCAUUGAUAGUCAUAAACUAUAGUGCCUCCAAUGCAGUUCUUCAUAACAUGUCUGUCUUCGGUAAUUUAACCAACUUGAGAAGCCUUUGGUUUGAGAAGAUAUCCAUCACUCACUUGUCCGACUCCACAAGUCCUCUCAAUAACUUGCGAAAAAUAUCACUAAUACUUUGUGACAUGAAAAACAGCCUAGAUGAAUCAUUUGUAGACCUCCCUGGUUUGUUCCCACAGCUCUUGGAGUUCACAAUGGAUCAUUGCAUCAACUUCAAUAAGCUGCCAUCGAGUAUUUGCCAGUUGCAUAAGCUCAAAACCCUUGGUAUCACUAAUUGCGAUAGUCUUUAUGAACUUCCAUCUGAUUUAGGUGAAUUACAAGCUCUACAAGUUUUAAGGAUUUAUGCAUGCCCGCAUCUAAAAAAGCUCCCUCCCGGAAUUGGUCAUCUGGUUAACUUGAAGUAUCUUGACAUUUCGCAAUGUGUUGGUUUGAGAUGUCUCCCUGAGGCUAUCGGGUGCUGCAGAAACUUGGAGAAAAUUGAUAUGCGGGAGUGCCCUCAAAUCGAGAGUUUGCCAAGCUCUCUGGCAUUUCUUGAAUCUAGAAGCACGAUGAGGACUGUGUCGGGUGUGUAUCUGCAGGUUGCUGAGAAGUGCUCUAUUCUUGAGCGACUUCCUCAGUAG